AAUAUCCACAGCACGAGCCAUCUCUUCUCUAUGUACCACUCUAAGAACAAGCUUUUGCCAUGGCGGGUGGCGGCGGUGGCGGGACCGGGAAAGCCCUCCUCUCCCUCUCCCUCUCCUUCUCUCUCUCCUCCACCUCCUCCUCCCUCUUCUCCCGCUCCCUCUUCUUCUCCUCCUCCUCCACCCUCUUCAAACCCUCCCCAAGGGUUUUCCUAGGGUCUAAGCGAACCCUCUGGGUCUCCGCCGCCACUGCCGAGGCAGAUGCCUCAGCCGCGGCGGCGGCGGCGGCGGCAUCCCGGCAAGCCGUGCUCCUCGAGCGCCUCCGCCUCCGGCACCUCAAGGACGCGGCGAAGAUCCGGCCCUCCGUCGCGGUCGAAGUUGCUUCGGAGAAGAAGGUGAGGAGGAGUAAGGAGGAGGAGGAGAAGGGGAAGCGGAGCGCCGCCAUGGCGUCGAGCUUCGAGGAGCUGGGGCUCGGCGAGGAGGUGAUGGAGGCUCUCAAGGAGAUGGGGAUCUCAGUUCCCACGGAGAUCCAGUGUAUUGGAGUCCCCGCGGUGCUCGAGGGGAAGAGUGUGGUCCUCGGCUCUCAUACGGGAUCCGGCAAAACCCUAGCCUAUAUGCUUCCUCUUGUUCAGUUAAUGCGCCGUGAUGAAGCAUUAUUGGGUGUGCUCAGGAAACCGAGGCGGCCGAGAACUGUUGUGCUCUGUCCUACAAGAGAGCUUUCUGAGCAGGUUUUCCGCGUUGCAAAAUCAAUAAGCCAUCAUGCACGAUUCCGAUCUACCAUGAUAAGUGGAGGUGGCCGUUUAAGACCUCAAGAAGAUUCGCUGAAUGCCACUGUAGAUAUGGUUGUUGGAACCCCAGGGAGGGUUCUUCAGCAUAUUGAAGAAGGCAAUAUGGUCUAUGGGGAUAUUAAAUACUUGGUUCUGGAUGAGGCAGACACAAUGUUUGAUCGAGGUUUUGGUCCAGAUAUCCGGAAGUUUCUUGGACCGUUAAAGAACCGCGCAGCGAAACCCGGUGAUGAAGGGUUUCAAAUCGUUUUGGUUGCUGCAACCAUGACUAAGGCAGUGCAAAAAUUGAUCGAUGAGGAAUUUCAAGGAAUCAUCCACUUGCGAACAUCCACUCUGCACAAGAAAGUUGCAUCUGCACGGCAUGACUUCAUCAAACUUUCUGGUGCUGAAAACAAGCUGGAGGCUCUGUUACAGGUUCUUGAGCCAAGUUUGGCAAGGGGAAACCGAGUGAUGGUGUUCUGCAAUACUCUGAACUCAAGCCGUGCUGUCGAUCAUUUUCUAACUGAAAGUCAAAUAUCCACUGUGAACUACCAUGGGGAGGUGCCGGCAGAGGAAAGAGUUGAGAACCUGAAUAAGUUUAAGAGUGAAGAUGGGGAUUGCCCGACUUUGGUGUGCACAGAUUUGGCUGCUAGAGGGCUAGACUUGGAUGUUGACCAUGUGAUCAUGUUUGACUUUCCAUUGAACUCUAUUGACUACCUUCAUCGGACUGGGAGGACUGCUCGAAUGGGUGCCAAAGGCAAAGUUACGAGUCUUGUUGCGAAGAAAGAUCUUCCUUUAGCUACUCGAAUCGAAGAAGCAAUGAAGAAAAACGAAAGUUUGGAAGCACUUAAUGUGAACACUAUCAGGAAAGAGGUUACCAGUCCAGGGCAGGUGGCUCAGAAAGGAAAGAAAUCAAAGAUUGUCAAAGUUUCUAAUCAAAAAGGUAGAGCCAGUGUAAUCUCACCGAAGAAAUCAUCAAAAGCUGGAAAGAAAGUUACAAUAUUGCAGAAAUUAUCAGCAACAAACACAGGAAAAAAGUCAGUAACGAAUUCAAAGCCAAAGAAAUCUUCUGCUAGUGCCGUAAAAGGUUUAAAGUCUGAUAAGAGGUUGGAAAAGAGAAAGAUGGAUGCGGUGAAGAAAAACAGCACUAAACUCAGUGUUGUUGGGUUCAGGGGACGCAGUUCUUCUGCGAAAUCUUUACGGCCCUCAUGAUGCCCCUUUGGUUUAAAGAUAUAAGGAGCAUACUUGUUGUAAAUGCUGACGUUUUCUAAAUCAUUUUUUAUUUUUGAGAGUAUCUGUAGGAGCAAAUUUUUCUCUUAACAAGAUAAUAGCUGUUUGUUGUUUUGUCAGUUCUCACCAGUAAGUCAAGAGUACAAUUUCCGUGACUUAUAAGAUUGAUCUCUAAUUUUUUUCUCUGUG